AUGACCCAGCUGUGGUUACUGGGUUUGGGUCGAGAAACCAAAUUACUCUUUUCGAUUUGCGGGAUAAUGGUGGGUUCGGAGGCUUUACCUUCACCAAGGCAGCACGGGGUUACGAAACCCUUGUCUCUAGCGGGACCAUCUGACGCUGAUUUACUAAGAACCAAGAAAUUGAACAAGUUCUUGGUAGAUGCUGGACUAUACGAAAUCAAAGAAGAAGCCGCUAAGAGGGUGGAAGUUCUUGGUCGAAUUAAGCAGAUUGUAGUUGAUUGGGUGAAGCAACUUACUCGCCUACGUGGCUACACAGACCAAAUGGUUGAAGAUGCAAAUGCUGUCAUCUUUACUUUUGGUUCAUAUCGACUUGGAGUUCAUGGUCCUGGAGCAGACAUUGACACUUUAUGUGUAGGACCUUCUUAUGUGAAUCGAGAUGACUUCUUUUUUGUAUUGCAUGAUAUGUUGUCAGGAAUGGAGGAAGUUACAGAACUUCAACCAGUUCCUGAUGCUCAUGUUCCAGUCAUGAAAUUUAAAUUUGAUGGAAUAUGUAUUGAUCUUCUUUAUGCCAGCAUUUCUCUUUUAGUUGUUCCAGAUGAUUUAGACAUAUCUGAUGAUUCUGUCUUGUAUGAUGUUGAUGAGCCUACUGUGAGGAGUCUUAAUGGUUGCAGGGUUGCUGAUCAGAUUCUUAAACAUGUUCCAAAUGUUGAGCAUUUUCGUACAACACUUCGUUGCUUGAAGUUUUGGGCUAAAAAGCGUGGAGUUUAUUCAAAUGUGACUGGAUUUCUAGGUGGUGUGAAUUGGGCUCUUCUUGUUGCACGAGUUUGUCAGUUUUACCCAAAUGCCAUUCCAAGUAUGCUGGUUUCAAGGUUCUUCAGGGUCUACACACAGUGGCGAUGGCCAAAUCCAGUCAUGCUCUGUUCAAUCCAACAACAAGAGCUCGGAUUCGCUGUGUGGGACCCACGCAAAAACCCUAAAGACAGAACUCACCAUAUGCCCAUAAUUACCCCUGCAUACCCUUGCAUGAACUCCAGCUACAAUGUCUCCACUAGCACACUCCGUGUCAUGACUGAACAGUUCCUCUUCGGCAAUACAAUAUGCGAGGAAAUAGAGCUUAACAAAGCCCAGUGGCAUGCAUUGUUUGAACCAUAUAUGUUCUUCGAAAGCUACAGAAAUUAUUUACAGGUGGAUAUAGUUGCUGGAGAUUGUGAUGAUCUUCGUGCAUGGAAAGGUUGGGUUGAAUCGCGUUUGAGGCAGUUGACUUUAAUGAUUGAGAGGGAUACGAUGGGGAAGCUGCAGUGUCAUCCAUACCCACAUGAAUACUCAGACCCUUCAAAGCAAUGUUCACACAGUGCUUUCUUUAUGGGGUUACAGAGGAAACAAGGGGAAGUUGUUCUAGAAGGUCAACAGUUUGACAUCAGAGGAACAGUUGAUGAGUUUAGACAUUCGGUCAACAUGUAUGUGUUUUGGAGACCCGGAAUGGAAAUCUAUGUUUCCCAUGUUAGAAGGAAGCAGAUUCCUUUGUAUGUGUUUCCGGAAGGUUAUAAACCUUGUAGAAUACCUAGGUCAAACAUCAUCAAUCCAUCAAGUGAAGAAGAAGCUUCUAGAAAGAGAAAAUAUGAAGGAAUUGGAAAUGGAAUCAAACAAAAUGGUUUACUGAAAAGACAAUCCGUGAGUCCCCGGAAUCGCGAUUCCGAUUCCGUUUCCCCAGUCAUUGUUAAUCAUUCGUGUGCUGAAGAGGGUAAAGGGAAGGUGUUUGAAGUUCAGGUUUUGCCAAAGGGACUUGAGUUGGUGGUGAGUUCGCGACCGGUUGUUGAGUUGGAACAGGGAACAGUUAUAAGGUUAGGUGUGACAUCAACAGCUUGAAAGAAGAUAUUAAGGUUUGAUUAAUAUAAAGAGGACAUGAGCUAGAGGUUUAAUGGUAAGUAGUUAUGCUUAUUUCCCUGGCCAUGAUUGUUUUCUACACAGCAAAAGUGAAAGGAGCAAAUGGGUGGGAUCAUGUACAGUUUUUUAUAUGAGUAGUGGUAGUAUUGAUUAGGUUUGUUUUGGGCUCUAUUGCUAAUUAUGAUGUUUAGUUGGGGUCUUUAGGAAGAGAGAUGAGAAGAUGAGGAUGAAUUUGGUGUUUCU